GAAGUUGUCGCUGCGGCUACGGCAAGCGAAAGGAAAGCAAUUAUAUCGUGUUCGAAGAUUUUAGCUCAGAAAAUAAUAUUUUUGUAAAAAAACAAAUCAGACUAGAAAAGUUCAAUAACCAGACGACGACAUCUUGUGGCCGUUCCAGGUGUGCAACAAUGAUCAUCCCGGUGAGGUGCUUCACCUGUGGGAAGAUUGUGGGGAACAAAUGGGAAGCUUACCUUGGCUUGCUUCAAGCAGAGUACACUGAAGGUGAUGCGCUCGAUGCCCUGGGCCUGAAGAGGUACUGCUGUCGGAGGAUGCUGCUUUCUCACGUGGAUCUUAUUGAGAAAUUGUUGAAUUAUGCUCCACUAGAGAAAUAACCUGGAACGUUUGUGUUGACUUUGUUUUGUAGUUUUUUGUAAUGUGCGACAUCAAGUAACCUAUAGGCAAGACUAGUAAUAUUGUAAGUACCUAUUCAAUGAAGCAUUUUUGAAAUAAAAUGGAUAAAGCUGGUUUCCAUGA